UCCCUGCAUUUUAGGGAACAUCCAAUGAAACUGACUGAGCAUGGAGAUUACGCAGAGCAGAUGAGGAAAUGAGCGCGCAGAGUCCCUCCCCGUCUCCAAAAUCAGGGGCAGGUUACUUCUGCGACGCGCUUCUCAUCUCCAUAAGAGAGCAGCAACGAGAACCCGUCACGCUGUCUUGGUGCCAUUUUAAAAACAAACAGAAAAAAAAAACAAGAAACAAAAUCCAGCCACAAGCAUGGUAAUGCCGGGCUCGUGCUCAGCAGCCUUCGCGGUGUUUCGGCAGAUUGAGCCGAUCAUCGUGCUGGAGCAGCUGGGCAGCACCCUCUUCGACACGGCGUUGCAGAUGGUGGUGAAGGACCGAUGCGCCAACGUCACCGACCCCGAUCACCCGUCGGAGGAGGGCCAGCAGAGAGCGAUCACUGACUUCUACAUGACCUACAACCUCAUCAUCAAGCUCACGUCCGUCAUCCCGGCGCUGCUCCUGGCCAGACUCGGCGACCGCGGCUGGAGGAGGGCGCCCAUCGUGGUGCCCCUGAGCGGGUACCUGCUGUCCAGGUGCGCCCUGCUCCUGGUGGUCGUUUUCGGUCUUCCGCUCAAGGUGAUGUUGGCGGCCGCGGUGGUCUUCGGGCUGUCCGGGGGGUUCAGCGCCUACUGGCCCGGCAUCAUGACCCUGGCGUCGCUCGGCUCCACGGCGGCUGAUCGCUCCAAGGUGAUGAUGAGAGUGGAGCUGCUGUACGGGUUGACAGGACUGGUGGGCAGCUUGGUGUCGGGUCACCUGUUCCAGUUGCACAGCUUCAGUUUGGGAAACGGGACCAUCCUGCUGUGUGUGAGCACGCUGCUGCACUUCCUCUGCCUCGUAUUCUCUGGAGUCCUGCUGCAGGUGAGGCGAGGGAACAGCGAGGACUCUGAGGAAAGCUACCACCUCCUGUCUCACGCCUCCCGUAACACUCGUCUCGUCGAGGCUUUUGCGGGGAUGAACGUGGUGAACCUGGUUCUCCUGUUUGCGGCAGCCUUCCUCUACGACUUCGCCGUGGGCGGAGCUAUAGAGAUCCUGGGCUCCUUUGUGCUGAAAUCGCCGCUCAGCUGGACUGCAGCACAAGUGGGCUACGGAAACGCGGCGGGCUGCAUGAUUUUCAUCACCAGUUUCGUCGGCGUCAUCGUCUUCCGCAGAUGUGACGUCUGCGACGAGACCAUGAUCCUGAUUGGCAUGCUGUCUUUCGCUUCGGGCAUCUACCUCAUGUCCUUCGUCACCACCACCUCCAUGUUCUACAUCGCCCGUUCACUAAACCUCUUUGCACUCAUCCCGAUGCCGACCAUCAGGUCUCUGGUCUCCCAGCAGGUUCCUGCAUCCUCCUGUGGCACCACUCUCACCGUGCUGCAGAUGGUUCUGAAGUUGGCCGGCGUAGCCUACAUUCCCACUUUCACCAAGAUCUACCAGAACACCCUGAACAGCCUCCCAGGCUUAGUCUUUCUGGUCUCCAGCAUCUUCACAGUCCUGGCGAUGAUUCCCAUCAGCAUCGUGGGCUGCAGGUCGGCUCAGAAGCAACAAUACGUGAGGAUUCUGGGAGACUGAAGGAGCAGCGCAGA